AUGUAUUUAAUUAAAACGGUUCUAGUAUUGCUACUAUUUAUUAUUGAACAUGGAAGUGCUGUAGUCUCAACCGAGGAUGCGAAAGGGCAAGUCUACAACUGUGCCAAUAUUGAACUGAUUGGAUUAAUCGGAGGCGAUCCAAUGCCAGUCGAUACAAGCAAAGAACGAUACAUAACAUUUGAAGGCGAUGUCAGGUUUUCUCAUAAAACACAUAAACAAACAAUGGAUAGUUUGAAGGAAGGGAAGGAUUAUUUUGGGACGAAUUCUAUUCAUUAUAGCUCAGUUUAAAAUGGAAUAUAUACUUUUAUAAUUGAGAAAUCUCAAGAAAACAUCAUUCAAACAUACAUUAAGACAACCUUGAAGAGAAGUUAUAAAGUAGCUCAGAUUCCGUAGGUCUUCUAUUUAAAGACAAUAAUAGAGGGAUAGAAAAAAUACGCAAUUCAUUAGAUAACUAUGAGUGACAAAAAAGAAAUGAAGCGAGAAUUAUUUAAAGAGGAGAAGGAAACUAUGCAAUCAGUAAAAUUUUGUAACUAUAAGAGUUCACUGGUUUACAAUUUGCAAAAAAGUUUGUGAACAUAGUCUUCGCUACUUUGGAGACAGGAACUAUAUCCGAUUUUACAGCAGAUGAGAGUUUCCUUGAGGGAGUGAAAACUAUAUUGGAUGAGAUUCAAAAUGGAAGUAAUAAGAUAAUGAUAUUCCUUAGAAAAGUGCGAUCAAUUUUUCUGCAAGCCUCCAACAUUAGAAAAUUUGGGCAAGUUACUAUCUGAUUUACCUGCCAACAAAAUUACAUGCACUAAAAAAUAAUGUGCUUAUACCGAAGGAGGUUAAUCCAAGCCAUUAUUUACAAAAAGUAAAGAGUACUUUUGAUUUUGAAUAGUACCAUUUCUUCAGACUGAUAAGAAUUUUAGAUAUCUAGAUAAACCUAAUAAUGGAAUGCUCCUUACAACCAUUCAACCAAACAAUUAAAAGUUCGUCUCCAUAACAGCUCAGUUGGCAUUGAAAUGUAAUGUUCAAGAUUACGAUUUUCAUUCACAAGGAUACAGUGGUGCAUUUUAAGCAGUCAAAAUAGGUAGUUCAAAACUUUAUAGUGCUCUAAUUAUUGAACCCACAAGUAGUGGGGUCACUAGGAAAUUGAGAACCCAAACACCAGAAAGUAUGAUAUUGAAUGAGACUAAUAGUGUAUGAUGAAUUAAACGGGAUUCAGAAGGUGAAAUAAAUCUAUUAUUUUAUGAUCAUCACCAACAAAGCUCCAGAAGAACUCUUCAAUCAAAUAGUGUCUGUCGUUGAGAAAGCCAAGGAAUCUGAUCAAAAGAAAUACUCUUGCACUCCAAUGCCAAAAGAUACAGAGGCUUUACUUGUGUAAUUGCACCAAACUUUGGACGAGUCCAAUCUUAAUAAUUAAGAAGAUCAAGAAAUGGAUUUGAAUGACUACGAUUAUGUUGAAUACGAGGAUGAAUAGGAUGCUUUAUCGGAAGAUGUUAAUUCACUAAAUUACUUUGAAGAAAGCCAACAGGAAUUAAUUAAUGAAUUAAAUAUUGAGAUGGCGAAUAUUCCUAAAAGUAAAUUACUUUAAAAUAAUUAAGUUGAAGCAAAUGAAAAUGAUGGAGGAGAUUAAGAAUAGCUAUGAUUAUGAAUUA